AGCAGCAACCACUCGGAUAAUAAUAUAAAGUCCUCGAUUUCGUCUUUCGUGCAUGUGGUGCGGUAGUGUCCUUCUCUCUUGCAUUUCUUCCUCUCUUCCUCUCUUCCUCUCUUCCUGUCUCCCGUUCUCUCAUCAUUCUCGUUGUCAUGGUCGCUGUCAUUCUUAUCUGAGGUGUGGAUGUGUACGUUGACCUCCGUGUCUGUGUUAGUUUGACGACGUGGAACUGUGUGCGCACGCUUGCCAUCGCAUCGCUCAGCCUGAGGGUGCACUGCGGAAGCAUGCUGCCUAGGAUGCUAGUAGCAACAGGCGCGGUUGGGCGGGGCAGCGGGGCAAUUUGUCGAAUUCCGACGGCGCUCGGCGCGCAGAGGACGUCGAACCACGUGUCAACAGCCUGCGCGGCAGACUCCGAAAACGGUGCAAGAAGGACGUCUACAGAUCGGGAUUGCAUUCAGUCUGAGGGGCUCCACGGCGCUAUCGCGACGUCAGCGCACGUGGCACUGCUGAGCGCAGUUCCUCCUCCUCCUCGGUGUCCGCCGCCGCCAACUUCACCGCAGCGGCGCAAGGCGCAGAGCCACGUCCGCGCGUCGGUCGCACGCGCCUGGCUAUGGUCGUCGUCUUCCAGCGGCGGUGUCCAGCAGUUGACCGGAAGUGAGCGCAGUCGGUUUGACCGCGCAGGUCAUCUCCUGGGCUCGUCUUGCACCGCGAGUGCUACGCUCAUCUUCGGGCCAGCGGCUGCGGCAUGGUGCUGUCGGGAUACGAGACGAACACAUUUCCCACGCACUUUCAUCGUCGGAACAGGUGGACAUCUGCUGGUGUUGGGAUCUGAGACGAGGAGCUUCGCCGCCUCUUCUUGUUCAUCUUCUUCUUCUUCGUCUUCGUCUUCUUCGUUCGUCAACGCGUUGACUUCGGCAUUCUCGGAUUCCGCUGGUGGACGGGCGGCGCCGUGUCCACGUGGCGGGCGCUCGUGGAGUUUCUGGCGCUUGAUUGGAUCGGCAAAAGUCGAGCAUCAGGGCCGGGAUCCCAACAAGAAGAGAGUCAAAGCGGGCGGCGGGAAAGGUCCAGCGGAAUCCGAGGAAGUCAAAGUCAACGCGUACGGCGGGAGCGGUUCUGGACAACCCGAGGACGUCAACGUCGAAGGCGACAGGUGUGUAGAUCUGGGAUUUGCCGAGGCGGCUGAGCGUGUUCACUCAUUAGACGUCGCGAUCCCGAGGGAAGAGGAGGUGGCAGCCCGGCUUGAGGAAUCGAGGCCUCCGCGUGGGGUCGGGACUUGGACAAGCGAAGAAGAGUGGACGGUCGCAAGGGAAGCGUUGGUGAGUGAGCUCGACGGGGCGAAGGCUCCGCGUGACGAAGGGAUCGGGACAAGAAACGAAGAACAGUCGAGAGAAGGGGAGGGAGCGGAAGGCGGGAAGGAAGAGGAGAAGGAGGAGGAGGAGGACGGAGGGGGGAGGGAGGGGCCUGUGGCUGGUGUGAGGUACGACCUUGAGCAGUUCGUUCAGGUCGGAGGUGAGGUCGUUGAGGAGGUACAGGAGGUCAUUGCUUUCGAGAUCCCGGCCGGGGGAGAUAUGACGGACCAGCAGCAGCACCAGCAGCAGCAGGAGGAGGAGGGGGGUAAGAGCAGCCAUCGCCAGGCAUUCGAGGACGAUAUGAGCGAGGCGUACGGCGAAGCGUACGCGACAAGGUCCGCUGACGAAGGGUUUGGAGAGAGGUAUAGCGAGGCUGUGCUUUCGGGAUCGGUGGAGCAUCGGGACGUCCCGAUGAAGAAGGAGGAGCCUCCUCUAGAUCUCGGACGUAUAAUGACUGAUGACCGCGCGGGUCGGGAUCGGGACGCCAGGCCGAUGAAGAAGGAGGAGCCUCCGCUAGAUCUCGGAGCUAUGACGACCGAGCACACGGAGAUCCUUGAGAGCGCUAGCAAGGACAUUAUGGGGGAGGAGGGCGGCGACGCGGCGGGCAUGGGGGUGUCGUCCGCAGAGAUUCCGCGGUCGCAAUCGGGACCUGAAAAGAGCGGGCCUGGCGAUCAGCAAGCCCCAGGAGGAGAGGGAGGCGGUGUGCCUCCAAGUGAACAGGGCAGAGAAGUCGCUCAAAAGGAGGUAGGAAGGAACAUGCCACCGGAGUGUGCGUUCGUCGGUCCAACAACUGACGUGAAGGGAUGUGCUGUCAUGGAGUGUGUGUGCGCACAAUGGAACAUGCACCUGGCAGACUUGCAUGCCCCCGUGCACGGCAUGAAUGGACGCGGCGCGUGUGGGUUAGGCCGUCGGCUUGCACGGGUCUAUGACACGUGUCAUGUUCUGGUACGCUUUGGGAUGGUACCGGAGGACGUAGAAUCAGAUCCGAAAUGUGACGUGACGUGUCCUGCAUAGCUGUCAUGGAGUGUGUGUGCGCACAAUGGAACAUGCACCUGGCAGACUUGCAUGCCCACGUGCACGACAUGAAUGGACGCGGCGCGUGUGGGGUAGGGGACCUGAUCUAAUAAGAAGAAGGGCAAGAAGGUUAUGAUUGGUCGUGAACGAGAGUGGGGAGGCAAUGUUGGGUAGGAGGAGAGGAGAAGGCGGAACUGUAAUGACGUCGAGGAGCAUGGGAAUGUGGAGGUGAGUGGGUGUUCCUCGACAUCACGGAUAUUAUCUGUAAUGACGUGGAGCAUGGGAUGUGGAGGUGAUUGGGUGUUCCUCGACAGCACGGAUAUUGAUUCGAAGUAACUUUUGUCGGCGUUUUUUGGUUAAGUAGAUCAUGCGUAGUACCUGUUCUGAUCAGUGUCAUAUGUGAUGGAUUCCGUGGUCCAUCGGGCCACAUUGAAAAAAAGAAAAAAAAGCAUGCGAUGUGGAGGUGAUUGGGAUGUGGAGGUGAUUGGGUGUUCAUCGACAUCACGGAUAUUGAUUGGACGAAACUUUUGUCGGCGUUUUUUGGUUAAGUAGAUCAUGCGUAGUACCUGUUCUGAUCAGUGUCAUAUCUGAUGGAUUCCGUGGUCCAUCGGGCCACAUUGAAAAAUAAAAAAAUAAAAAAAAAUAAAGUCAAUUGGAUUCG